CAACUGAAACGAGGAAUGCAAAAAGUCGGAGGGGUCCGUGAACGCGUCUUUGAGUGACACUCCGGCAGCCUAAUCCAGAGAGUGAGGAUGCCGAGCGGCGCUCCGGGUCGAUUCUGCGACCUCUAACUUCUCAUUUCAGGGCUGACUGGAGGAACCCCGCCGAACUUUGUCCCCCGAACGCCUCAAAUCCCGCAUUUUCAGUGCCGACUGUGGGUUUCAUCGGCACCGUCGUCCUCCUGGAAGCCGGACUUUAGCAGACGUUACGUGGGGACAAUGGAAUCCAACAUGAUCCCGGACAGUAUCCGCCCUCAGAGGCUGCAGCCGGGGAUCGGUUUCGGAGCGGGACCGACGGGGACCCUCCGCUCCUCCUCUCUCCGACCCGGAGUCACGGUCCCUGUCGCGCCGCUCCUCCCCUCCCCGGCCUCGUUGUCCGCCUCGUCCGGGCCUCCUCCUCCGCCGCCGCCGCUGCAGCUCCACAGCCUGUACGGAGGAGUGGGAGCCGGGCUGGGGCCGGCGGCCGGCGGCCACUGCAACCCGGGGAACCCGGCGGUGCUGAAGGAGGCGGUGGAGGCGGUGGUCCGCAGCUUCGCCAAACACACGCAGGGCUACGGCAGAGUGAACGUGGUGGAAGCUCUGCAGGAGUUCUGGCAAAUGAAGCUGACCAGAGGGGCCGACUUGAGGAACGGAGCUCUGGUCGUUUAUGAAAUGGUCCCGUCCAACAGCCCGCCGUACGUCUGCUACGUCAGCCUUCCAGGCGGCAGCUGCUUCGGGAGCUUCCAGUUCUGUCCGACCAAGGCGGAGGCGAGGCGCAGCGCCGCCAAGAUCGCCCUCAUGAACUCCGUCUUUAACGAGCACCCCUCCCGUCGGAUUACGGAUGACUUUAUUGAGAAGAGCGUGAAUGAAGCGCUGGCCUCCUUCAACGGGAACCGUGAAGAGGCCGAUAACCCCAACACCGGGAUCGGGGCGUUCCGCUUCAUGCUGGAGUCCAACAAAGGAAAGUCCAUGCUGGAGUUCCAGGAGCUGAUGACUGUGUUCCAGCUGCUGCACUGGAACGGGAGCCUCAAAGCCAUGAGAGAGCGACAGUGUUCCCGACAGGAGGUGCUGGCUCACUACUCCCACCGGGCCUUGGACGACGACAUGCGCACCCAGAUGGCGGCGGAUUGGGUGAACCGGGAGCAGAGCGUGGCGGGAACCAUCGCUCAGGAGCUGGCCUCAACGGAGCGGGAGUUGGAGGACGCCAGGCUGGCAGGCAGAGAACUGCGGUUUUACAAAGAAAAGAAGGACAUCCUGAUGUUGGCUGUGGGCCAGCUCAGUGCCGCCAACGCCGCCACUCUGCCCUCGCACUGAAACACAACCGCCUCGCCACGGUGAAGGAGGCCUGGUAAUGGUGUCGAUCACUUUCUAAGAUGUGCUUUGUGACGAGGAUCAGGAAAUCAAGCUUCAGCUCGCGCUUUUGUUUAUGAAAGAAAACACUUGUUACUGAACUCGUUGUGCCUAGUAACCACAGGAUGCUUUUUUUUAUUAUUUGCCUGUAAAGCUUGGCAUUGCGUCAGAGAAUGGACAGGGCUCUUUGUUUUUUUUUUCUCCUUUGUUGUAUGUUGUGUUACAUUUGUUUCUGGUUUUGGAUGUGAUGGAGGGAAUAUUACCAAGGGGUGGGGAGGAAAAAAUCAGAUGGGAAAAAGUCACAAGUAGCAGUGAUACCACCCUGAACCUUCUUUAUGGAUGUUUAUAGUGAAAUAGUGAAAAAUUAUUCAAUUUAGUUGAAUUUUAAAUCCCUUUUUCUCCUUUGGAUAGUCUGUUGGGAAAGACACUGUUUUUAAUCUUGCAUUAUUUCAUGAGUUGGAGGUUUUAAAAUUCUGUUUCAGAAAAUAAAAGCAAUUUCAAGUUAAUUUUUAUGGCAGAGGGCAAGGUUGUUUUCCCAAUCUCUCCUUUGCUACAGAUGCAGUUAAAUAAUUCACUACAGUUACAACUUUGAACAGCCACAGUGUGACUUUAUAUGUAAUGCAGAGAGUAGCUAUUAUAAAAUUAUUAUUGAUUAUUAUUAUUAUUAUUGUUAUUAUUAUUAUAGAAAAGAGCUCAUUUUACUGUGUUUCACACUCAGGUGGCUGGGCAGAGAAAACUUCCGCCAAGUUUGAACAUUUUUACUCGUUUAGAGCACAAGCACUGGGAUAGAGUUUGUAAUUCAUGCCCUGAAUUCACAGUUUCCUAUUGCAAUCUGGAGCAGCCUCUCCCAGUGUGGAAGGAAGUUUGAGUGUUGCAACAGGAAGUUAACAGAUUUAGCAGGCAACAGUUUCUAACAGUGGCUGCAGUGGUCCUGCUGAGGUUGAGUGACCACGUUGGCACCAACCACAAGUCUUACACAAAGGCAGACGAAGACCAGCCCAAUGGAGAUCGAGAGGUCAGGGUAACUUUGUUUUGAGGGAUAAAGGUUCAGGGUGGUAUCAUUCAGACAAGCCUUAAAGCAUUUCAAACGGCGACGCCGAGUCGGGUUUGUAGCAUUUACUCAAGCAAAACCUUGUGGUUGAUCAUUUAAUGUCAGGGUCUUAAAUUACACAUAAACUCCAACAUACAUGAUGCUCAGAUCCAGACUGAGGGUGUUUUUUCCCCCCUAUACAUUAUAUGUGAUCAGUAUCACAAACAAAAGCAUAGAGAGGAUCUCUUUGUCAAGGUAGUUUUCUCAAUAACAAUUACAAUAUAUCUAGCGUUUGAGAAAAUUUACAAUUACAAUAUAUUGGGUACUUUUGACUUUGACUGUUCAGUUUUUAAAAGAUCAUACAGAGAAUGAAGUGUUUGUUGUGUUUUGGUGUUUCCGUGUGUGAAUGGUUGUGGUUAUUUUAGAGUGUUUUUGUCUGAUUUGUGACCCUGAUACUAGUCGAAUGUAUAUUAUAGCGUGCUAUCAACUUUAUGACUGACAAACCAACUCUGUUACACAAUAAUGGAUAAUUUUACAGCAUGCACAACUUUGUAAAUGCUGAGCAAAAGGUCAGUGGUGAAAAUGGAUUGUUUUACCAUGUUUUGGCCAUAGAUGAGGAAGGUCAGAAUAUCAACUUGGACCUGAAUAUAUAUUUUUGUUUCUGUGUGUUUGUUGAAAAUACUUAAUGCAGAAUUUAUUUUUUGAACCAUUUGAAGCCAACAGAUGAUGAAUGAAGUUGAACUCUUUGCAUGCUUUUGUUUCUUAACUAUUUCUAAGCUAGAAGGAUUAAGACAUUUUAACCAAACUCUCCCAAGACUGGAUGUUGACAAGGAAAGUGUUUAAUGGACAAGUCGUAGCUCCAGUUUAAGAAAAAUGUGGCCCAAAAGCAAACUAAAACCGCAAGGAGUCACAUUCUCAGCUCCUAAAGGUUAAAUCCCCAACAGCUGAAACAUGUUGCCUUAAUCUUUUUUUGGAGAUGGCAAAUUAAAAACAUGAAGGAACAAUUGACUGUCAUUAAAGGCAGGGGAGUUUUUAUUUUGUUUUCCCUUCAUUUGGGAUUGUUUUUUUUUUUUUUAUAAAAUUGGAAACAUUUUUGUUGGGACCUGUAAAACACUGAAAUGUUUAGUUAAAUUCAUUACACCAUCCUAAUUCCAGAGACCAGCAAACAUACUUUAGCCUAAAUGGAAGAAUGUGGUUGAUACUGUUUUGCAUAUUCAGGCAAAACUGAAAUUAUAAUUUAAAUAUAAUUUUCUUAUUUGAAUUGUAAACUCCCUGUCGUCUUAGUUUUUUUGGCCUGACCUGUUUGCAUUUGUAGAAAAAGUAUUUCUUUGACUAUUAAGAUUCUUCUUUGGAUUACAAAUGAUCUUUUUAAUAGUUAAAAUUAAAUGAACACAUUUACCUCUAUAUGCCAAAUUCCCUUUAUAUGCCAGUUUUAAUGUAACUUUGUUUCUGUAAGUUUUUAUAUUUGCUUAAACAAUAUAUGUCUCGUGGGUUUUUAGUGAUUUAUUAAAAAUAUGAAAGAUUUAUAAUGAGUAUAAGAACAUUUUAAUGGAUUUGUUUAAAAGACAUGAGAUAUUGAUUUUCUUUCUUUUCAUUCACUUUGGUUUUUUAAAAUAAAAAUCCCCAUCAAGUGUUGUCUUAUAUCCAAGCCAGUCCAAAAUAUCUUCGUACAAAGGCCUUUUAGUUUUCCUUUUUAUGCUUAAGGAUUUUUUUGUUAAUAUGAAGUUGUUACACAUUUUAUAAAUGAAUGAACCCUUUUUUAAUCUCUUGGGUUUGAUGCAUGAAGCUUUAGAUUUUGUUUUUGUACGUUUCAUAUUCAGCUAUUUGAAGCCUAAUUGUGUGUAUUUUAUAUGAAGUUUUUGUAUUCUGUGUUUAUAUACGUUUACUAGAUUUGUAUCGAUAUGUAUUAAAUCAGUUAAUAAUAAAAAUGUGGCUUGGUUUGUUUUGUACUAUCUUCUUCAUAUAUGUUGGAGUAAACAGAGUAAAAUGGGGAUAAUUGUUGUAUUUUUA